UUAUGGUCAUUUACAUCGGGUUCGAUGUACAUCAUCCCGGAAGUCCUGGUGUUCAAUGUUUACAAUUUCGAAAUGUCAAAACAGUUAUUACGAUAUACACAUAUCCACGGUAGUUCUACGAGAGUAUUAUAUUAGAAGUAACUGAUUAAUUCAAUUUUCCACUUGAUCAGAAGAUUCCGCAUUCUGUCUCAGCUCAAGGGGUACGUAAGGAAAAGAAACAAAAUGGCUGAAUAAUGCAGAACAAGUUGUCUGGAAUUUCUUUGGCAUUCAGGUGGAGUCAGAUAAAACCGUUACCAGGGAAACCGUUACCAAGGUCACGUAGUCGUCACUCCUCCUGUCUCCAUGGUGAUUGUAUAUACGUAGUCGGGGGGAAGGAUGGGAGAGUUUCUCUGAAGGAUAUAUGGAGGUUCUGUAUCGAAACUUCACAAUGGGAGAGGUUGACACUAAAGGGGGAAAGUCUGCCUCAUUUAGAGGGACACAGCCUCAUCUCUUACAAGAAAAACCUCCUGCUGUUUGGAGGGUCGUUUGGGGAUGAUAUCACAGAUUCAGCACUAUGGAUAAUUAACCCUGAUGUCCUUCAUGUACGACAGGUGUCGUGCGAGCCCGGAUUUCCUCAGCCCUGUACUAGACGUCACCACUCCGCUGUCCUCCAUGACGGCGUUAUGUACGUGUACGGAGGAUAUGUGGAUCUCAGAGGAAGCAGCUCGGAAUUCUGGGCAUUCCAUAUUUCUGAAGAGGAGUGGGAAUUGAUUACCCCCCGACAGACCCGGUCAGACAUGCCUGAGGGUCGUCAUGGUCACACGGCAGUCAUUCAUGGGAGGAACAUGUGGAUCUAUGGAGGACUGGCUGGGCUAACUCCUAAAUCAGACCUCUGGUACUACAACUUCCAUGUCAGUAAAUGGACGCGUAUGAAGUGUAGGUUUGGUCCACCACCAUUAGUAGGACAUGCGGCAGUAGUGGUCAAGGACAAUAUGAUUUUACAAGGUGGAGAACAAAAUGGAGAACUUAGAAAUGACUUCUGGGUUUUUUCUUUUGAAUGUUUGAAGUGGACACAUAUAGAAAUCCCAAAUCAAGUUCCCUCCGCAAGAAUGUGGCACUCAGUGGAGGCCAUUACUGUAGAGUCCAAAAAGACGGACAGCUCAACUCGGACCAGCUCAAUGCCUUACCUCCAGAACAAACAUGGAAGGCGGCAAAAUCUCCGCCCUCGCUCGAGUCCAGCUUACUCCUCCGCGAGAAAUAGGGUCACGCCAAAACAGGACAAAGAAAAUGUGACUGUGAAUUCUAAAAAUGUUUCCGAGUCUUUACAACAACCACAAGCAGAAGAAUCGCAGCUAACAAAAAAUCAGUCAAGUGCUAAUCCUUUCAUCAAGGAAACAUCACCAGCAGCCAAAGCGCCUACACAGAGACCUCAUACUAUAGAGCUACAGACCAUCACCACUCAGUCUGAACCAGGAAAUAAAAUAAAGACAGGGGAGCUACAGUCUGUCAAAGGUCAGACUGAUUCCAUCCCUGUUGUCAUGAGAACCCCAACGCCGAAGCAGAAGGAAGAAAAAUCACCUCUACUGCUGGAGAGACACAUAUCACAGUGUAGUGAAGGUAGUCAGAGCAGCUUAAAGGGAGCAGACAACCUAGGAAUGGACAUUUCUACCAGUUCUGAUGGCUUAUCCUCUCUGGACUUGACCUCGUGUCAGACAUUCUCUCAGUCCUAUGGGUAUCAUCAGAAACCCCCAGAGAGGGUGAAGCCGGUCAAAAUGCAGACUUUUAGUCAUAAUGUGAUCAAUGUUUUGCCAUAUCCUCAAUUAACACAGGACUUAGUAGUAGAGGAUUUAGAAAUUUAUGAGAAUUACUUCGCAGAACUGAAUGAAACUGCUUUUGUGAAAAGGGAGUGUCAAAGAAGUUAUUUUGGUGGUUAUAGCAAGAAGUAUAAAGUAAACAAGACGGAAAUAAAAAAUUUACGGAAACGCUCAAGUACUUACAGUGCUAAUGAUACGACAUCAGAUUGGUAUAGAUCUUCCUCAGUGGGGGAAUUACGCAACUUAAACGAGAAAGUUUCAGAAACCAAAACAGCCCUACGUAGCAGAAGCCUUCACAACCUAAAGAAUGAUAGUCCUGUGUUGUGUUGGCAGAGUCAGGAUUCAGAGCAUGCUAAGGAAGAUGUCGAAGAAGACGAAGCAGACCGUGCAACGAACAAAGAAAUGACUACAGAUUUCUCAGAGCCUGAGAACAAAAAGCAUGUCCAAGAACAAGAGGUUGUUCCUAAUGUAAAAGUGCCAAUAACUAAAAGACAAGAAACCAGGAUAGAAAAUCAGGAACUAGCCCAGCCCUAUCUGCUGUUGUUUGGUGGUAAAGACAUGAGAGGUGGUAGCGUCUGGUUAGAAUCCCUGACUGCCUGGAGAUGUGAUGUGUUUGUUAGACACAGUGAUAUUUCUCAUGGAGAAUUCCACAAGUCCAGUCUCAUUGUUUAGCAGCUAGUAUACCCAUCCAAGACAUUCCUGUAGUGACUUAAAGCAGCUAUCACAUCACUAGACAAACCUCAACUCAUCCCACCUAUCAUCUGGAUAACCAAACCAGUGAAAAAGUAGCCUUUAAUAAUGUUG